GGAGGGGGAGCCAGGCUGCAGCGCCCAGGCGGGGGCAUCUCUCCUGCAGUUGCCACCUCCGGGGGCUUUCUCGGCUUUGGCUUUCAGAAGCGCCCUUCCCUGCCAGCCCCGGUGCCCCCCAGUGAAUUCCUGUCUGGCGGCCCUGCUCUCCCCUCCCCUGCCAGCAUCAGCAGCAUCCAUCUCCCCUCCCUCCCUCCCUCCGCCUGCAUGGAGAGAGAGAAUGGCGGAGAGGGAGAAAGGAGCCACCUCCCCGGCCGGAUCGUCUCCGUUCCUGGGGCUGCACCUGGCCUCGCCCCCCAAUUUCAGGCUCACCCAUGACAUCAGCCUUGAGGAGUUUGAGGAUGAAGACCUCUCUGAAAUCACCGAUGAGUGUGGAAUCAGCCUGCACUGUAAAGACAGCCUGGCCCCCCGGGUGGCUGCUCUGAGGAUGUCAGGUCUGCCUACAGCCAUGGAGUCCUGCUGGAUUCACGGCUGGCAUUCUUUGUGUAAAAUGCUCUCUCCUACUUCUGCCUGUUCAGGAGAUUUCAGCCCAUCCUGCUGGCCACAGGGACCCACCCAGAGCCAUGUGAGCCUGCAGACCAAUAGCGGCCUGGGGGUGGGUGGCGGGGAGGCGAGCCGGCUCCAGGCAGAGAUGCUUCAGCUGGACCUGAUCGAUGCUGCCGGGGAGACCUCUGCGGAAGAGGAAACCGCCCCAGAGCCGCUCAAGAAGGAGCCCCCGCCGGUAACCAUGGACACCUACAGACCCAAGCGGCCCACAACUCUCAACCUCUUCCCACAGGUGCCUCGGACCCAGGACACUCUGAAUAACAACUCUCUAGGGAAAAAGCACAGUUGGCAGGAGCGGGUGUCCCGGUCGUCAUCCCCACUGAAAACUGGUGAGCAGACCCCUCCCCAUGACCAUGUUUGCCUAAGUGAUGAGGUCAAUCACCAAAACAGCACAACCUCCACCAAAGAUCGGGGCACGUCCACAGAGAGCCCGUGCCGGCGCACAGCCGCCACACAGAUCGCCCCUGCCUGUGUUGUGUCCUCCCGGGUGCCUGAGAAGCACCAGGCUGCCGGCCGGCUCCCACCCCACAACCCCAGUGUGGUGGUGGUGACGAGGGGGCCAGAAGCCCACCGGGACCGCAUCCGCUACCAGACGGACGUAAGGCUAGAGGCCACUGAGGAGAUCUACCUGACACCUGUACAGAAGAACUCGGACCCACUGGAGUCUGAGAAGCCCUUCCUGUCACAGUCCAGUGAGAACCGCAUGUCCAUCAGUUCUGACAUCGACACCUCCAGCUACCCCCCACUGAUGGGGAAGCCCAACCCCUCCAUCAGCGAGGAGGACGAGGUGCUGGACUACAUGUCCUCGCCCGAGAAGAUGAGCCUGCCCAGGACCUCGUGCAGCAGCAGCAGCAAUGGUGGCUACCGGCAUGGGCACAGCCUCCAGAGGGCGUCAGUGAGCUCAGACACCAGUGCCCUCUCUUACGACUCAGUCAAGUACACGCUGGUGGUAGAUGAGAACGUGCAGCUGGAAUUAGUCAGCCUGAAGCAGUGCUACUCGGGCUACAGCGACGAGAGCGACUCAGCAACCGUCUAUGACAACUGUGUCUCCUCACCCUACGAGUCGGCCAUUGGUGAGGAGUAUGAGGAGGAUGCGCUGAAGCGUGAUUCGGUCUGCCUGUCUGAGGACUCCACCCCCGAGGCUGACAUCCAUUUCUCCAAGAAGUUCCUCAAUGUCUUCAUGAGUGGCCGGUCGCGUUCCUCUAGUGCAGAAUCAUUUGGGUUGUUCUCCUGUAUGAUCAAUGGGGAGGAGCAGGAACAGACUCACCGCGCUGUCUUUAGGUUUGUGCCUCGUCAUGCGGAUGAGCUGGAGCUGGAGGUGGACGACCCUCUGCUGGUGGAGGUGCAGGCAGAAGAUUAUUGGUACGAGGCCUACAACAUGAGGACAGGUGACCGGGGCAUCUUCCCUGCUUACUAUGCGAUUGAGGUCACCAAGGAUCCUGACCACAUUACAGCCCUGACCAAGAACAGUGACUGGAUGGAUCAGUUCCAGGUGAAGUUCCUUGGCUCAGUCCAGGUUCCAUAUCACAAAGGCAAUGAUGUGCUGUGUGCGGCUAUGCAGAAGAUCGCCACCACCCGCCGCCUCACUGUGCACUUUAACCCACCCUCCAGCUGCAUCCUGGAGAUCAAUGUGCGAGGAGUCAAGAUUGCUGUGAAAUCUGAUGAUUCCAAGGAGCAGAACAAGGGUAAUAAAUGUAGCCACUUUUUCCAGCUGAAGAACAUUUCCUUCUGUGGAUACCAUCCAAAGAACAACAAAUAUUUUGGGUUUAUCACCAAGCACCCAGCCGACCACAGAUUUGCCUGUCAUGUCUUCGUCUCAGAGGAGUCCACCAAGCCGCUUGCGGAGUCUGUAGGGAGGGCUUUCCAGCAGUUCUACAAGGAGUACGUGGAGUACACCUGCCCCACAGAAGACAUCUACCUGGAGUAGGGACUGGGCCGAGCGCCCUUCUGUACAGACAGGGCCAGCAAACUCGCCCAUUCCCCAUCAUGCAUGGACAAGCUGCUUUGACACUGGAGGAGGAACAGAGCUGGGGAUGGCUCCCUUGGUGCAUGGAGCACUGCCUCUUUUCGGGACUCUCCUUCCUCGGGCCGGGGGAUGGGAGUGGGGGGACUGAAAAAUGGGGUUUAUUGUAAAAUACUCUUUUAGUUUAUUAUAUUGAAGAAGCAGCACGGCUGUGGGCUCUGAAGGGGGAAUAGGCAGCCUGGGGCAGGAAUGCAGCUGUGGCACUGGAGUUGGCCUAGGACAGAGCAGCCCUGUCACUGUGUAAGUGAGAGGGCUGGCCUGGUGUGAUGAGAGCACUCAUCCUCCUCCCUCCUGGGUGCUGGAGUGAGGACUCCUCUCUGCUCCUGGCAUGGCUUACAGCCUUAGCCAGCUUUCUCCAGCUCCCUUUCUUGGUCCCUCAGGUUGAUUUUUAACUCCAGGGCAGCAUUGGCCUCGCACUGUGAAGCCACGUCAGGUGCUGAGAACAGGAGCUGAUAGGAACAGGCCAGCCUAAGCCCUGACUGAGGGGAAGGGGGUAGCUCCGCCCCACCCCCUUAGGGGCAGGGGGGCAUGGGCAUGGCAGAGAGGGGCAACUGCUAAAAGCCUUGGAACAACUUGAUGGGUACCACAUGGAAGAUUGACUCACCCCUGUGCUCAUCCUAGGAGGGAAGAGCAGCCUGGUUUGUAGCCUCCCUGCCAUUCGCACCCAGACAUCCUGAGAGAACCGCCUGCUUUCCAGGGGUGAAUAUUAGCCUGGGCUGAGACUAUGGGACCCUAUUUCUCCUCCCUGUAGAGGAGUGAGUGUGAGGAGAAGGAGCAGGGAGAAGACGAGUCAGUGCCCUCCCAUCCUGUAAGGGUUGCAGGGGGACAAUUCCUAUGGGGCCCCCUGCCCUUCAGUCUCCAGGUUGGGGGGAACUCCUCUGCUCCUCACCCCACCAGCUGUGGGCUAUUUGCAUAUGGGGAUGCAUAUUUGAAAGCAUGAGAUGCUGAGAGGCAGUGGCUCUGGUCCAUCUGCAGUGGGAUGAGCACAACAUGAAUUCCCUUCCCAGCCUCCAUGAUGGCAGUGGCUCCACCGAGGGGGAGAGGCAGCAGUGACCUAAGAGAUGAGCUGGGGGCCUGAGACAAGAGAGGGAGCAGCAAGGGGCUCAGGACUGCAGUGAACUGUGCUAAUAUCUAGGGGAUGGCACUUCUCCCCUCCAGUCAAGGUCUCUGGCCUUCAGCUGGAUCUGCUGUGGUGGCAAAACUAUUAAACAAAGUUUCAUGGAGCUGCUCUAUAUGUCUCUGUGCGUCACAGCAGAGCGCUGGGCAAGGCCUGCAGCUCCUCUGCCACAGCCUUGCUACAUGGACAUCCUGCCCCCACCCCAUUUUCUCCUUCCCAGGGGCCUCUCCACCCCUCAGAGAGCCCCACCCAGCACCUCAAGCCCAAGGGAGAUUGAGUGUCAUGGCUGAGCAGCUUACCUGGCAGCUGGGGGGCUGUACAAAAUGGCUUUCUAUGGAUGAGUGAUCUCAGUUAUCUGUGCCUGGGAUCCCCACCUCUACACUCAUGUGGAGACAGGUUGCCUUCAUUAGAGAGUAGGAGUAAUUUUAGGGGCUUCAGCUACGCUGUUUUCAGCAGCCAAAGAAACAUCCACCGGACUAAAGACAGUAGGCUGGAGCAGAGGCAGCCCUCAGCCUUCACCUUCCCCACCAACAGACAUCGCUGAGCAGACCCUCAGUCUGUCUUGCUGUACUGCACACCUUUAUAAAGCAGCUAGUGCACAGGGCUAGAGCUGCCUAUGGGGCUCGUGAAGACCCCACUGCAACAAGUCCCUGGGCAGCUCACAGGACAUUGUCAUCAUAAUACUCUGCCAAAUCUGACUCAUCCCGCUUGCUCUUGUGUGCUUGGUGCAGGCCUGCAGGCUGCUUCCAGGGUGCUCGAGUCUGGAAUUGGGGGUGCUUCGGCUUAAUGCCAUAAUCUAGGGAAGGACAGAGAGCUGGUGAUGGAGAGGGGGAGAAACGCAGGGCCCAAAACAGCCUCAGUUGUGGGGAAACUGCCUGCAGCCACUAAUGAUCCAAGUUUGGGUCCAGUGCUCACAGGUACACACACACAACCCCCGGAUGUGGUGUGUGCUUUUGGGAACUACAAAAAGUAAACCUAGGCUGUGGCAGCACCCCAGACAGGGCUGCUCCUAGAGCAGUGCAGCCAUCCCUCUGCAGUAGCAGGUGCAGCAACUUCUGUGCCAUGCACAAUAGCAGCCAGCAACAGCAGGUGCCUGUUAAGUGGCCAUGCACAGGGAGGGAAAAUCACUGCAAAUGAGGGGGCAAGUGGCACUGGCUGGCUUCUCAGGGGCUUUCCCCACAGCCUAGCCAGCUGAACUAUGGCAGGGGUGGGGCAGUUUGGACUCCCAGCCAGCUGCCUAGAGAGAGGCAGGCUGCUGAGGAGAGGGUGUGGCUGCUGGGUGAGCCAUAGCUGCCAGUGAUGGGAGACCCUGCUGGCUAAGUGAGGCUGUCUCUCAGUUGAAUUAGUAAUCCCCAACCACUCCAGGGAUUGCAGUGGCAGUAGGAGGGUAAGCUGAGGCUUUGAAGUGGACCCUG